CACUUUCACAGACAAUCAUCUUAGAGUACUACAUUGUCUCCAAUCCUCUUCCUUUUUAACAGCAAAAAUGGGUUACUCCAAGACCUUUCUUCUCCUUGGUCUUGUCUUUGCUGUGGUGCUAUUCAUCUCCUCUCAUGUCUCAGCUCGUGACCUGCUUGCUGAGCCUGCUCAAAACGAGGAAAUGGUCAAAACUGAAGAUGAACACGACCAUGAACAUCAUCAUCAUGAUCAUGAUGAUCAUGAUCAUCAUCAUCAUCAUGACCAUGACCAUGACCAUGAUGAUAAGCACCAUGGAGGUAGUCCCCCGGGACAUGAUGAAAUAGGGGAAAAGGUCGAAACUGACUCUGUGGGGGAGGCCAAACGUGAACAUCGCCGUAGACGUCGUCAUGGUGAUCACUCAGGACACGAUUAGACAAAUCCUUCGUCCUAUAUAUAUAUGCUAUAUAUCUGUAUGCAUGGGUGCAUGUCUAAGAAACAUGUAUCUUAAUUAUCUAAGUUUGUAAUGUCAAUAAGGUUGUGUAGCUUAUAAACUCUCAACCACAGCAUGCAGCUGUAUAAGCUUUAUCUUUCUACUUUUUUCAUGUGUAUCAAUUCUGCCUUUUAUGUAUUAAAAUAUGCUUCAACU